UUCGAUUUGCGUUGUGUCGUACAACACUGCUUCCGAAGUUUAGAAACACUAUUUUAAUUGAAUUCGUCACCACAGGUCUGGGUCAAAAUUUUUCUUAUGGUAUUUAGCGAGAAGACGCGUUAAGUCAGUGCUGCGGAAAAAGUUGAAGAAGCAGGCCAGAAGCAGAGCUGAACUGGAGGAAGGCUUCCAGUCGGAUUACUCCAGCAGCAUCGAGCGUUACCAGGCCAUGAUGGCCACAGAGGAGCUGUAUGAGGUUGAGAGAAUUGUUGGUAAACGUAAAAACAAGAAAGGCAAAAUGGAGUAUUUGGUUCGCUGGAGGGGUUAUACUUUUGAAGGAGACACUUGGGAGCCUGAAGCUAAUCUAACCAGCUGCAUAGAGUUUAUAAAUGAGUUUAAUCGUCAACACAGUGAGAGGUCGGGAGAUGCCCCCUGUGUGCGUUCUACACGCAGGUCUCCAGGCACGGCUGUGGGUAACAGCUCCAUCAGCAAUGCUCGCAAGCAGAUGAACAGGCCUCAGCCCCAAAACAGUAGUGCUGCAUCUGCUCUGAGCAAGCCUUCCACCAGUGUUAAGAAACAACCGCAGUCACCACAGAAUGCACUGGAAAACAAAAACAUGGAUGCUAAAGCAGACACACAACAGCAGCCUUUUUUAUCCACACCUCCUGCCAGCACUUUACGUUGUAGUAUGGACCUGGCAAAGUCUGGGAUCAAAAUCUUAGUGCCAAAAAGCCCGAUGAACAGUCGAGCUGACUCUGAGCAGUCUCCCAGUGAGGCAGCCCACAGUCUGGAACAAGGCGGAGAGGAACCUGACUCUGUGCCCCCUGAGGUGGCCGUGCAGGAGAAAUCUGCUGGGCAUGUCCUUGUGCCUGGACAGGAGCGUGCACGCAUGGGCACACGGCCCAGGACUCAGGCAGCUCUGCCACCGCCUCAAGUUCCUAUCACACCUGCUGCUGUCCGCACACUGAACGGGAAAGGUGCAUCAACUCUUAUGGAGGCAUCGUCAGCCAGUGGGACAGCCAGUGUACAGAAUGGCACAGCGGGAGUGGCAGCCGGCUCGGGUGUAACAAAUACGAUAGGCAAACGGAAGCUUGAGGAGCGCUCUGCCAUCGACAAGCGCCUGCGCUUCAGCGUUCGUCAGACAGAGAGUGCUUAUCGCUAUAGAGACAUUGUUGUGAAGAAGCAGGACGGCUUCACACACAUUCUGUUUUCUACCAAGACGUCUGAGAACAAUUCUUUAAAUCCUGAUGUGAUGAAGGAGGUUCAGAGCGCCAUGGCCACAGCAGCAGCUGAUGACAGCAAGUUGGUCUUACUGAGCGCAGUUGGAAGUGUGUUCUGUUUUGGCUUGGACUUCAUUUACCUAAUCAGAAGACUUACGGAUGAUCGAAAAAGAGAGAGCAUCAAAAUGGCGGAAACCAUUAGGGCAUUUGUGAACACAUUUAUCCAGUUUAAGAAACCAAUCAUUGCUGCUGUAAAUGGACCUGCUGUUGGACUUGGAGCCUCCAUCUUGCCUCUCUGUGAUGUUAUCUGGGCCAAUGAGAAGGCCUGGUUUCAAACCCCUUAUGCUAUCUUUGGACAGACCCCAGAUGCAUGUUCCUCUGUAACAUUCCCUCACAUCAUGGGAGUUGCAUCAGCUAAUGAGAUGUUGCUGAGUGGGAGAAAGCUGACUGCCCAGGAGGCAUGUGCCAAAGGCUUGGUGUCCCAGGUGCUCUGGCCAGGGACCUUCGCCCAGGAGGUCAUGGCUCGCAUUAGGGAGCUAGUCUUGUGUAAUUCAGUUGUUCUGCGAGAGUCUAAAGCACUGGUGCGGAACAUUAACCGAGGCUCUCUGGAGCAGGCUAACGAGCGGGAGUGCGAGGCACUAAAGAGGGUCUGGGGCUCCCCACAGGGCAUGGACUCCAUACUGAAAUACCUGCAGAAGAUGAACGACUUCUGAGUAAAUAAAGGACAAAGAAACAAAUUCACUCACCGUUACACAGUGGACAUCGGUCGCAAGUGCCUGGAAUGACAGGAGUAUUGAAUAUGGAAUUCUGGCUUAAAUCUCAGUAUUGACCAUGUUUGUUUUUGCCUGUCAAAAUAUGAGAUUUCAUCUGUAAAUAUUGCAGAAUACUUUUUUAUACAUACACACAGCAACUUCUCUGAUGACACUGAUACCUAACGUGUGCCGAAUUAUCCCGACAGGCCUCCCGGUUCAGGUACUCUGGACGCUGAUGAUUCCCCCCAUUUAUUUUCUUUCUUUUUCAUUUUCUACUCAUCACCCCCCC